AUGUAUACACAUACAUUAGUUAACCAGAAGAAUACUUUGGUUAAAUUUACAAAAUCUUCCAAAUUAAAUGAAAAUCAUGAGAAUCACGCCGGAAAUGAAGAUGUGUCGUUAGAUUCCGAGGAAUGGGACUCGAGUUGUAGUUUUAACUUAAAUUCCAAAGAUUUACAUGAAUGUUUGUCAAGUUUAAACUCAAAAGUUGAGAAGAGUUUGGAAUAUUUGUUAAAAUAUGGAAGAAACAAACAAUUUUCAAGUGAAGUUAAUUAUUUCAUCAAGCUAUUGAAAGAUUUUUUAAAAAAUAGUAAAAUUGAAGAAAAAUCCAGAAAUUUGCUGGAAAUUUCACUCUUAAUUCUGAUAUUUCUCAAAGAUGGUGAUAAAGGUGGAAAUGAAGUUGAUUUUAGUAGGCUCAGGUGUACUCAGGAGUUUGAGCAUAAAUUUGAUCUAUGCCCAGAAGUAGUCAACGCCCUGGUAAACCAAAGAUUUCUGUUUGAAAAUGUUGCUGAUGAGUCACUGAACUUUUUAGUUAACAUUUGUCUGUGGGCAAUUGAAACCUCAAAAGCCCCAAACGUGGUUCAACUGUGCUACGAGAUUUUGGUUCUUUCAAUUAAAUUGGGACAUAGAAGUAAGCUUAUUCUCCCGUACAUUGAGAAUGUUUUGUCUAGCUCAUUUGUUAUAUGUAGUACUUCAUAUAGUGAGGCCCAGUACCAGAAGAUAUACUGGAGUAUUCGAAUACUCCAAGCGGCGUUGGCAAGAAAUAUUAUAAAUUCAAAAUGCUUUGAACGAGUUUUAGAGUUUGGAUUAAACUCGACGAAACUUCAGAACAAGUCAAUAUAUAUUUUAAACGAAGCAGCGUGUUUGCUGGCACAAUUGUGGCUAAUCGAACCCUUUGAGUUUGAUUUACUUUGUGAAGAUAAACUCAAGCUGAUGGUAUUGAGUAAGUUAUUGGCUGUUGGAGAUGAAUCUUUUUUGCAGUUUUUUAGUAUGGAUUAUUUAGUCAAGUUGGCUGUGGCUGGGCCAAUUGAUCUCCGGAAACUUGCAAUAAAUUGCCUGAACCUUAGAGCUGACACUCGACAAGAUGAAAUAUUCAAUUCCAAAAUUGAUCACCUGACAUAUAAAAAUAAUUUUAAACAUUACAAGUCACUUUUGCCUAGAAUUGACCUUGGGAUCUUGACAGUAAAGGCUAAGUUCCUGCCAAAUUUAAAAGGUUCCAUCUCAUAUCUCCAUAGCCUACAUAACCUUCUAAAUAAUAUUUUUUACCUUAGGAGGCCAAGAAAAAUUAUAAUCUAUGAAAACGGACAUGGGAUUAUAAAGCCCGAAAAAACUGAAUAUACAAAAUUUAUAGUCCAGGUGAAUAAUGUAAUGAGUGGUAAAAUGAGUAAAGGAAGAUUUAUGGAAUGGUUAAAGUGGAUUAAAAUAAAUUUAAAGAGAAAUUACUACUCAAUUUUCCAGGUGGUAAAUGCUAUAAUAGCCACAAGAUCAGUGAUGUAUAGUCUAAAUUCAAUGGGAAUCAAGGUCCAACACACUGAUGAUUUGUCGAUUUAUUUUCUGCUUAGACUUGACGGUACAUAUAGGAGUAUAUGUAGAGACUAUAUUGGCUGUCUUACAAUUUCAAGUAAUCAUAUUGAUUUUUCAUUUAUUACAUACAUCAUUGAGACAAUUCACAAGUCACUACACGCUAGAAUUAUCUCUAGGAUAGUAGUUAAAACGUUGCUUAUUGGAGUUUGUGAAUACUUGGAAAUCCUGCUCAAGUGUAAUGUGAGGGAUAUAUACGGAAUAAAUUACCCUAGAAUCAAUGAAAUGUGUAGUGAGAUUCUAGUUUUAUUUGAGGAGUUGGUCAAGAGCAGAGUUUCUAGAGCUGAUUUCGGACUUUUAUCACACGUGGUUUCAGUCUUGAAACUAGUGUACGAAUAUGAUGAAAGCACUUUUAAAAGAGUUGUGAGUUUGUUUUUAAGAAUAAUUAGAAUUUAUGAAGAGCGAGAUUUGAGUCUAGAUGCCAAAUAUAGGGAGAGGAUAGAUGGAUGUAAAAAGGAUUUGAAGAGUUCAAUUAUUGACUUGUACCUUGCUUUAAGUACUGGGAAACUCCCAUUUAAAAUACAUGAAAGAGCUAUUUUGGAACUUGACAAGUGCCAGAAUGUUGUAAAUUUGUGUGUUGGCUUGAUGAACUCGGUGUCUCUUUAUAGUAAUAAGGAGUUGAUACAGACUCUGGCAUUUCAAUUAUCUCUGCUACAGGUGCAGGAUUUCGAUUCUAAGUCCAUGAAAACCUUGAAGAAGUUGGCCAAUGUAGUAUUUAUGAAGCUUAAUAGAGAUAAUUGUACCAUAGUGACUUAUUACAAGGGUAGAAAUAUGUUCGAAUUUAAAAGUUAUAAAUUCAAAAUUAUACGAGAUUCCAUAAACAAAUGUAUAUCUCAGCUUAUAAACUUACACCUUCAAAGUGUUUCACAGGUUUAUGAGAUUAAACUGUUUAACCCCGACUACACAGUUUGUUCUGAUUUUAUGAUUUUGACUAGGUUUAGAUUAGUUGGUGUUUCAAGUGAUGUGUUAUCCUCAGUGCCGUGGGCCGGGACCUCGAGACUGGUUAGUAUCAUGGACCAGGUGGUACAAAGGGGUCCAAAUGACCAGAAAACAUGGAAUAUAUUGACUAGAAGAGCUGAUUUGAUUAUGGAUAGCUUUAGUAGUAAUAAUUUGUCAAGAAUGGUGGUUCUUCUGACAAAAAGCCCAUUAUCAGACGUAAAUUUCAAGGAAAAGUUGAAGAAACAGUCAUUAAAAAUGGUUCAAGAGUCUGAUUUACUCUCCUGCUGUGGAUUCUUGUUUGGAUUUAGUAAAAUGGGAGUUUCUGACUUGGAAAUCGCACUGAAAUUCAGAGAAAAGAUAAUUGAACAGCUUUCCUCAGCUAAAAAUUCAUAUCCACUCGCAUUAAUAUUAAGUGUUUAUUGUAAGAAUAAGGAUGAGAAGAUGGUAAAAUUGCUUUUAAAGGAGCUGGUUGGACAUAUGGAAACAAUGACUCCAAAGUCAUUUUCAAUGGUUAUUACGGACGUUUUGUCUAAUUUCAACUCUGAAGAGAUAUUUUCAGGCCUAGAUCCUUUCAUAAUUCAGUCCUUAAAGUGUAUGAAGGACAUGGAUUUGAGGUCUUUAUUACAGCUUUACAGUGUCUUCUGUACCACAAACCAUCCCCUAAAGGGGGAAUAUUUACAAAAUUUGUCCAGAAAUAUUAGUCCACUAGUUAAUCACGCAACAUUGCACCAACUUUCUGUGAUUUUAAGGGGAUACUCAAAGUCUCUGGUUGAUACUGAGCUUCUACAGCUGACUUUAGCUUCUUUGAAAUCAAAAUAUAGUUCCGGCGAGUUACAGGAAUUACUAUUCAUUCUUUCUCACCUCUUAAAGCUUAAUUUGACAGGUAAUUCCCCAAUCUAA